AACCGCUGCGUUCUCUCGGACGUCACCACCGUCCGAAAUCCCUGAUAACGCGAUGCGCAUUCCCGCUCUGUUCUGAAUGGGGGGCUCAGUCCAGCUUCUGACAGCGAGUCCGGUAGUGUAACGUUAACCGUAGACGGUCCACUCAUCCCCGCUGCUUUCAGACACACCGGAAGUCAACGAGCCCGCCUCCCCGUUAGUACCACAUUCAUUCAGGUAGUCUGCUCGUGCACUGACAGUCCAACUAGUUCGGUCCAGAGCGUGCCGACUCUUGUCUUCUCAGCCCGGGGAAGUUCGUGUAACCGUUAUUGACGGAAGAAGAGCUGCCUGUCUGUCCAGGAAUGAGAGAUGAUGGCCGGCUCUAUAGCAGAGGAGAAAACCUUCCGACGGUUCCUGGAGCUCUUUCUUCGGGAGAUGAGAAUGCCCCUGCAGGAGAGCGACCCUCCGCCGAUGCGCCCCUUAUCGGACCUGGUGACUGAAGACGAGGUGGAGGGCGAAUGCCUCGACCUGUGUCUCCAGCACCUCUACAAAUAUAACUGCCCUUGCUCCCUGGCUGCAGCUCUAGCCAGGGCCACAGCGGACAGCCUCCUGCAGACUGACCUCUCCAUCCACCUCCUCAAUAAGACGGUAGAAGAUGGAGCUGACCCAUUACCACAGAUGGAGUCUGUGAAGCUGGCCUGGCUGGUGUUUAACAGACUGUUUGAGAUGUGCUGCAUCUGGCUGAAGGAGUUGCCUUUCCGGCGCCGUCCACAGCCGUACUACGAAACCUCCAUCCACGCCAUCAAGAACAUGAGGCGUAAGAUGGAGGACAAGCAUGUCAUCAUCCCCGACUUCAACUCGCUCUUCAACAUUCAGGGUCAGGAGGAACAGGCUUACUUUGCGGUGUUUGACGGUCACGGCGGUGUGGACGCUGCCGUUUAUGCCGCCAACCACCUCCACGUCAACUUGGUCCACCAGGAGUCGUUCAGCCAGGACCCGAUCGAGGCACUCUGCAAAGCCUUCAAAGUCACGGAUGAAGGCUUCGUGAAGAAGGCCGCACGAGAGCACCUGCGUUGUGGCACGACGGGCGUGGUGACGUUCCUGCGGGGUCGGACGUUGUAUGUGGCCUGGCUGGGAGACUCCCAGGUCAUCCUGGUCAGGAAAGGACAGGUUGUUGAGCUGAUGAAACCACACAAACCAGACAGAGAGGAUGAGAAGCUGAGGAUCGAGGCUCUGGGGGGCUGUGUGAUCUGGUUUGGCACAUGGAGGGUUAACGGCAGUCUGUCUGUAUCCAGAGCAAUAGGUGACUCAGAGCACAAGCCCUACAUCUGUGGCGAUGCAGACCACGACGUCUUCCCAUUGGACGGUUCCGAAGACUACCUGAUUCUGGCCUGUGAUGGAUUCUGGGACACAGUGGUUCCAGAUGAGGCGGUGCGGGUAGUCAGCGACCACCUGGAGGAGAACUCUGGGGACACCACCAUGGUAGCCCACAAGCUGGUGGCCUCGGCCCGCGAUGCGGGCUCUAGUGAUAAUAUCACUGUCAUAGUGGUCUUCCUGCGGGACCCGCGCUGCCCACCACCCACGGGAACAGAGGACGAGGAGGAGGGCGUGGCGGAGGGAGAGGUCGGGGAGGAGGAGGUAGCGGAGGUGGAAGAGGAGGAGCAGGAAGAGGAGAAUGAGGAAGGCGAGGCAGUCAGGGCAGAGCGUGAUGGUAGGGAGGGAGGCAGCACUGCGGACAUGGGGGGGAAGGGGCGCGGAGGCUGGCCCCUGCAGCAGUGCUCGGCCCCCGCUGACCUCACCUACGAAGACCGAACAGACUCGUUGACGGACAGAACUAGCCUCGGCCUGCUGGGGCCGUCGCUGGAGGGCCGCAUCUUCCUGAGCGGGGUCUCGAGGCAGCCCUGCCCCGACUUUAGCCCCGACCUUUUCACAGCCUCCCACAUCUAUCGAGAAAAACGCCCGCUGAGGCGCAGGUCCCGUAUCCCCUUUCAGGAGGCCAGCAUCUCCAGCUUCACAGACCCACUGUGGCCCCAGACAUCCAUGCUGUUAGGCCAGGCAGUGAGGCAAAGCCGCAGGCUCGGUUACGGUAGUCGCCGGUGGGGCCGGAGGAGGCCAGGCGCAUCCAAAGAGCUGCUAGGCCUGUUACCAUCCGGCCACUUGCUGCCGCACAUGCAACGCCACUCCGACCAGAGGCUUGGAGUGGCGCUGCCUCACCUGCCCCACGAUGCCAACAUCUAAAGAGAUGACCCAAACCAAACCAUCUCCUUCAUUCAUUCAGUCCUGGCCCACACUCCACACCCACUCACCUCUGCCUUCAACAACACAUCAUUCUUUGAUAGUAGGUAAUUGUGGCUCCUGCAGACGUAACGUGAUUAUUGACUUUUUGUCGGAGUGGUGCUCUCUGUCCUAAGCCGAAAUGUUUCCAAAUGUAAGCCGGCCCACUAAUCACAAGCCCUGCUCCUUAAUGCUGUAGGUAAAGCCGAAAACUGCAUCCUCUCCAUUGUGAUCCAUUGAUCAGUGAGAAUGAAGCCAGAGCUUGAAAUGCAUGUUCAUAAGAUGUGUUCAGACUGAAUGUGAAAGAAAUCUUGUAUACAAGAGGCUGGGAAAAGACUUUUAAGAACAGACACAGUUUACUGUUGGCAGCGGAAAUAACAGAAAGAAUGGAGUUCCAACUAAAUCUUAAAAUAAAUCUGCGUGUUGUAAGCUAGCUGAGUCUGUAUCGGACUAUGACAGCUCUUCAGUGAUAAGAGAAGCAAAACUUCUGUUGCAUUUAGUCUGACCACACAUUUAAGAUUAAUUUAUAUGCGUUGUCGCUCAACACUCUCGGCAGCGUCUUUAGACAGAACUGAUGUUGAUGAUGGUUUUGAACAGGAAGAAAAAUAAAGAAGUAAACUUUAUUUAUAAAGCACCUUUUAAAACCAGGGUUACAAGGUACAGUGCAACAAUGAUUAAAAAUAGAAAGUUAAAAACGGGAGAUAAUAAUUUGAAAACAAAGUAAUAAUAAUAAAAACUUCAAAAUAAAAUGCAAACCGAAGUUAAACACGGUUUGUAAUGAACUCAAACAUGUUUGGCAUUCUAUACUGUAAUUUCUUGUUACUUAUUGGACGAUUAUAUAUAUAUAUAUAUAUAUAUAUAUAUAUAUAAAAAAUACGCCACUACCCAGACAUGUUUAUUACACUAAUAGUAGCCGAAAAUAUUGUCCAUGCCGAUGAAUGUGUUGUGCUUUAGUUGAAAAAGGAAUCUUCAAUCUUUUCCCACAAAGUUGAAAAAAAAAAAAAACUAUUAUAGCUGUAGCGUAGCAUUAAGAUUUCCCUUCUACUGGAACUAAAGGGCCAAACCUUAAAAAACAGCCCGAAACCAAAAGUACAACAUAAUACUUUUGUGUUAAUCUUUUGUCUUUCUUCCUGUUUAAUGUCACAUUUCUUUUGAUGCAGUGUGAGGUGACGCAUUGCUUUUGUCUUGAGACAGCUGUCGAGCGACCGAGCAUUAAAUUAAACUCUUAAUGGCGUAGCUUACCUCAGCAAUCCUUUGGUGGCAGAUGCAUAAAGCUCAUAGAGGAGGCCAGAACAAUUGUUGCUCCUGGUUUCUGGGACUUAAGGCACAUGCUGUUCUUUCCGCUUCCCCAUAUAGUCAAUGACCCAGCCAUUAUCCAGCCGCAGUUAGUCUACAGAUAAAAGCACUUAAAACCAGAUUAUAAAAGAUUAGCAGUCAAUUACAUGAAUAAAUGCGUCAUGUAGUCCAGUAUUGCAGAUGGGGAUAUACUCCUGAGAUAAUGUUGUGUAAUGGAGGGGUGGGUAUUUAGUAGUAUGUAGUUGUUGUUGGGCCACAUAGCUGUUGCAAAGUAUCCAAGUGUCGUUACUUUUACACAAAAACCCAUUUAAGAGAAGUAUUUUCCAGCAGGCUUCAUAAGUGCAAACCAUUUAAUGUUGGGCCUGGAUAGUUGAAAGCUGCAGAACACGUGCCUUUCAUAUGUGUUACUAAAGCGUAUUCACUAAUUACUGAAUUCAUGUGUUAAUAAUUAAGGACAAGUCUGGCUUUCAGUCAGGUCGUGUUAUGACUCUGUGCCACUUUAAAGGAAUAGUUUGACACUUUUCGGAAAAUAGGUUUAUUCACUUUCUUACCAAGAGUUAGAUGAGAAGGUUGAUAGCACUCUAUAGCUGAUUAGCUUAGCUUAACAUACAGACUGGAAGCAGGGGGGACAGCUACGUUGGCUCUGUCCAAAGGUGAAAAGAAAUGUUUUUAGCUUUUUAGCAGGAUAUGUGUUGCCAUUAAGAGCCAUUUACCUAUAAAGACUUGUAGCAAAAGGGAAACAGGAAACCACUAGCUUGGAGUACAAAAAAAUCUGCCAACAAUUUGUGAUAUUACAUUUCUGUUUGUGUAUGGAUUAAACAAACAACAUAUAGCGUGCUAGUUGGUGAGCUUGGAAGAUGCUGGCAGUGUGCUAGCUUCACUUUUAGUGUACAGACACGAGAGUGGUAUCAAACAUCUCAUCAAGAAAGCAAAUAAUAAUAUUUUCCCAAAAUGUCCUUUAAGAUUCAUAGUCAAUUCAAAUUAUAAGAUGAUCUGCACCUAAGAGAGCAGGUUUUUAAAUCUGUAAAAGCAAUAAACAUCCCAGUCAGAACCAAUUCCAAGAUAGUCCCCCACCGUCAGAGUAAACCACCGAGGCCGGCUCCUGUUGCCCCACGGCGCCCAUUAUAAUUGGAUCUUUCUCUGAACUGAUCUAGAUUCAACAAUGGAGAGCCCCCCUCUCUGCUGUCUAACACGCUGCUGAUAGUGCUGCUGCACUUCUGUUAUGUUAGCAUUAAUGUUCAAACUCCUUUUAUAAGACUGCACUCGUCUGUAAAACCUGGCUGAGACAUAAAAGCCCCAUCGACAUUCAUUGGUUUCAUAUACCUAAUAGCAAAUAUGGCAGAGUUCCUCUUUAAUGCUAAUUCAUAAUCAUAAUUAACAAAUGUAAUCAUCAAAUAAUACUGAUUUAUAUAAUAAUAUAAUAAUAGCACCCAUACCCAGUUAUGUAGGUGGGACUGAUCUGCGGAAAGACUUCUGUCACUUUUAUUUAAAUGCACACAAUAGCAUUACUGCAUAUAGCCAUACAUAAUUACUAUAAACUAGCUAUAAUACACACUUGCUAUGAAAACUUUGAAAUCGUAAACCCUGAUUCACUUUCAAAGUCACUUUCAAAGUACUAAAUAUGCUUUGGUUGCCUCUUACUGCUAAAUAUUUAAUUUGCUGUGGGAGCACGUGACCGUUCUCUAAGCCCCGCCCUCUUUAGUUACUGUUGCUACAUUCGUAGUAAUUAUUUCAAACAAUGGCUUCUUGAUUUUACGUCCGCUCCUCAUUUCUGACCGCAAACUGCUUAUUUUUGAUGAAGUGAACUGUCGCUAGCAUAUUUUUUAUUGAGCUAGCUAGCUAAUUAGCAUAAUCGCCAUGAGUUGGUUGAAAACUCGUUGUCCCCGGUACCCUGAAAAAGUAUCUUUAUAUAUGCCCUGUUAGCUACAUACUGUACAUGACAUAAUGCUAAAAGACGGAUGCUAAAGCUACAACGUUAGCUGGGGUUGCUGGAGUGUAAACCUCCACAAAUCAGAGCAGGGUAUGUGCUAACGUUACACUGAGAUAUAGCUAGAGGCAUCCAGUACCGGUGGGUAAAUACUUCAUAGUAGAAGUCCUGAAGGAGGCUUUUUUGAAAAUAACCUGUAACCGCACAAAAUAUUGUAGUGAGCGAAUUAUAUUUUGCUUUGCUUUGGAUAUAAUGUUACAUUAGUGUUACUAAGCUAGUUAGCUGGAACUGCUAACGAAGAUGAACAUUCCUUACACUUUGUUUUUUAGGUUUGGAAAGGCUAAAAUAAACGACUCAAAAGCAAUGUUGCUAACUCUUUUCCAAUGAAAGUAGCUAGCACUAGCUCCGAAAGUCGCGUAUAAUUUUUUAUAGAGCCGGGAGGCUGUGUUGGAUAACUGCCUGCUGCUCCCGGUCGAAGGGGAGAGGGAGAGAGAUUCGUGCUGUUGGCAGAAGAGCCGUGGACUGUGAUUACUACGAGCAGCAUGCACGGGAAUGAAUCACAAUAUAUCUCGCUUUUCCCCUGAUGGUCUCAAGUCGCUAAAUUUAUCACUAGGCGCUUUUUAGAAAUGCAGUCGCCAAGCGGGUCUGAUAAAGUGCUAGAAAUUUAAAUUAAGCGAGAAAGUCGCCAAGUUGGCAACACAAAAGUCGUUAUAUACCAAGUAUGUGGAGAUAUUCAAAGUUUGACAGACCUGCCGUGGCUAAUUACAGUCGCUAUGUAAGCUACGAUUGGACAAUCACUGUUCAGGGGCGGGGUUUACCGAACGGUCAUUUCGAUUCCCUAACAUCCUCAUUCCCCAAUUCUUUAGUUGAUGCACUGAAUCUCCAAACGUCAGGACGUUAGUAGUCAUGUUUCCAUCGAAUUGUCAAGCGAAUUUUAGGCGAACUUUUAAAAUGAAAAAUGCGAAUUAGAAGCGUUUCCAUCAACUGGUUUAGAGCGAAUAAACUAGACUACGCAAAGCGUAGUUUCGUCACAAGUUGAUGUUACGCGUGGUUGUAGAUUGCAAACCGGCGUGCUAAAUCAAAGAGUUUGGAAGCGAAGUUCUUUAGCUAAAUGGAGAGAGGUAGCAUGGUACAAGUUGGCCACCUGUGCAGAAUACAGAGUUGUGGCAGAGACAUUUGGUGUCAGACAGGGCAGACGAUUUAAGCUCUUGAACCAAUUCGUCAAUUUACCCGACGUGGCUGAGGCCCAGGCUAUAGCGCACCGCAACUCCACCACGCACCUUGUGCCACAAGCGUCCCCACUGGAUGGGACCCGUAUCCCGAUCCUUCCCCCAUCCGAUGGAUACCGGGACUAUAGUCGUGUGAGCUACAUGUUCGAUACGUCACAACUAGUUUCCAUCUCCCAUUUUGCACAUUCUCUUUUUCAAAAAAAGGCAAAAACCACCUCAAGCGGGAGUAAAAACGUUUUUUUGCGAAUUUGAUGACGUUUUUUUUUUAUUUUGCCGUUUCCAUCAACAUUUUCUAAUACAAUACUUCAAAAUGCGCAUAAAGAUACGUUGAUGGAAACAUGACUAGUGACGGCCAGGUUCUGUAGAUCGUGCCUCCCUUUUCCUGCCCUUUCACACACAGAAGGCGUGGUAUCAAAAACAUGUGAUUCACCAGACAAACAGGUACUGGUUUAAGGGGCCAUCACCACCACCACCACCCCCCCCACCCUUCCAGUCUUACUGGUAGAUAGAGGCUCACCCCCCUGUAAACCAUCCUGUGGACCGACUCGUGAAGCGCAUCGGUGGAGCCGAAUGUACCUCAUGUGUCCCAGAACGUCCUCAGAGACUCGGUGAUGUGUGUCGACGUGAGUUGGUGUUUUUUUGGGGGGGGAGGUUUGUCUUCCCAAAAGGCAUCCUAUCAAUGAGGAAUGAACUGCCGAGACACUCAACAAACUGAAGCCACUGGAUCCCUCUUGUGGAAGUAUCACUGCAGUCUCUAGAAACGUUGGUUCGAUAGAAGAUCAGAAAACAAUGGAAAUCACAGUCAUUUUUAACUACUCACUUAACCACGGGUGCGUAUGUAUAUUAUGAGCGAGUGCUGGAGGAGUGUAAAUAUAAUAAUUCUGUCUUGUAAAUCAGCAGUUUUAAUCCACGAGGCCCGACAGUUGGUUCAGAUGCUGGAUCUGGAUCUCAAAUCUCCCACCACCAGGCUGAGGGGGAGGUGAGGAUGCGAUGUUAUCGAACAGCCUGAGAGGGGCAUAAGUCUCUAAACACUGCCGCUGCCUUCAAGAGCUGCCAAAGUAUAAAAAAAAAAAAAAAGGUGUUGAACCAGUCUGGCUUUCACUGGAAGAGAUGUAGUGUUCUAUCGUGGCCUGGCUGUCCUGGCACCCUUUCUUACCCCGAGAAAAAAAAUCUGGCUAAAACAUACAUUAAGGUAUUAUCGGCUUAAAAUACUGUAUCUCCAAUAUGCAGCUUUGACUUUACCGUUUUUAUCAGUAACAGCCUUAAAAAAAAAAAUUAAAAAAAAAAUGUAAAUUGUAGUUUGUAGGUUUUAAUUGCAUCUCUGCAGGUGUCGGAUGAUAAGCACGGCGUCGAUUGGAGACGAGGGUCAUGAGUGAACUGAGCUGCCGAGUUGUUUGGAGGAAAAUGGAGUUUCACUUUUAGGCAACCGAUUAGAUCUUUUACACGGAUCACACAGGGCAGUCAACUCUAGAGGAGCAGAGCUGCCACAGUUAAAGAAUUUGUCUCAGGAUCUUGUUAUAAUGGCAGUUUUCUUCCAUCAGGAGUCUCAAUCAAGGAGAAUGACUAACCACAUUUACAAGGACCCUAUUAUCCCAAGUUUAAUAACCACAAUAAGAGCUCAAUCGGAAUAAAAAACAACAUUUGAACAGGCUUAUUCCGAAAGAAACUUCAUUCUGUUUUCUGUUUGGGUUAAAGCUGUCGAAGACCACUAAGUCCCGAAAGAUGCGAGUUCUCUUGUGCAAACAAGAUGAGAUGGAUAAUGAAAAGCUAACACAAUUCAGCCUCAGGGGAACAUGAAUUUCGGUGCCAAAUUUCACGGGAAUCCAUCUAGUAAUUUCGCUCAAAACCACAAACGUCAACCUCAUGGUGGCGCCAUAGGAAAGUCAGAGGAUCGCCAAAGUCCUUAGGAUUCAUCCUCUGGGGAACACGAAUGUCUGUGCAAAAUUGCACGGCAAUCCAUCCAACAGUUUGUCGAGACAUUUCAGACCAAAGAGGUGUUAAAAAAAUAUCUUUAGGGCUUUUGGGCACUCUUUACAAAACUUGUCUCAAAAAAUGAUUUAUUUUCCUCUUCCUGUGAGACGCUUUGUCAUUAUAACGAGAUACUUGACUGGGACGUUGAAGCAUGUUACGUGUGGCCACGCCUCGGAGCAGCUGUGAAGUAGUUUUCUGUCCCCUGUGAUCCACUGGUGUGGUUUCACAGCAGGCCUUCCGUGUUGAUGUGAAUAAUUCUUUGCGCUCUGGAGGUACAGUGACAAGGAUCCGUGGUUUUGCAUUCACCAAAACCUUUACCUGUGAAUCAGUUGUACAGCGUGACUCAGACUGCAAACCCGCCAGAAGUUGUCACUAUAUUAUGAGCAAUAAAAACAUCACACACCCCCCUCCCCCCUCCCCUCCCCCCCCUGUGGUGAACCCUCUCUCUCUAAGCUCCAGAAACCCACACUUCCUCCCUCAGUCACACUCCGCUUGCAGUGAAAAGGUUCCUCCCGAGUCGGAUGUUUCCCUCCUCCCCUGACGAUGAAGGCAGCUCUCCCAUAAUCGCUGUCUUAACUAUAGAGGGCCCCCUCCAUGAAUCUGCACUGUGUGUCUAUGUACACACACACAAAAAAAAUAAAUAAAUAGCUUUUUCUUUUUUCUCUGUAAGCAAUAAUGACGUUGCAUUAGAAGGCUCUCUGAGGGUUUGUCUUCUGCUGAAGGAUGCAACAAAAAUGCUGUUCUGUCAGCAGAAAAGCUGAAGCUCCUGAAGUCGAUUUAUCAUUCAUUCACUCCCCCACGCUCCCCCCUUAGAGAAUAGGAUUGUGAGUCAUACUAUGCUGCCUGUUGUAAGGUCCACUUAAAGGCCCUGCACCUCCUGUUAAGAAGUCUGCUGCUGGCUAGUUUUAGAGUUCAGAAUUCGAAAUGAUCUUCAUGUUCGCGGAAACAUGAAUGUGAAACUUUCUUCUUCUCGUGAUGAAGGAGACAUUCCUCAGCAGUUUGGGUACAUUUGACUCUUUGGCUAACGAAGAGGGGGGGGGGAAUAGAGAAGAUCACUGAGGGCUGUGAGUGGUCCCUUCUUCUGGUCCUCCAAGCUUGAAGACAAACCCUAUGAUUGGCUCUUCUUCAACAUGCAGGUUAGGUUAAAAAAAUAAAACACAGUAAAACACACGUCGAGUACCUGUAUUAUGUGUUCCUGUAGUAUAUAAAAUAUGUGUACUGUAACUGGUGACUAAUUAUCAUGUAUAUAAAGAUUAGAACAAUU